ACAAGACGGAAAUGUAUCGCUAAACCGCUGAAUAGCAUGGUUCACGUGUGGAAGAUAACACACAUACAAGCAUUAACUUUAUUAAGAUUUGGAAGAAGACAAAAUAGUGAAUUUAUAAAACGCGUGUAUCAGAACAGAAACGUGAGUGUUGAAACUCAGAGAACCCAUUGUUCAGUGCUGAAUGUCAGGAGAAACAGCACGCAAGUAGAGUCCUCAAAACACCCGGUGAACACACAUUUAUCACUGUACGACAUGGACAAUAAAGGGGAAGAAGGCGGCGGGGACACGGACAGCACUGUCAAAACAAGCUGCGGGAAGCGUAAAAACGAGGAGACGGAUGAGGCUGCAGGACAAUGCAGCGGUAGGAAGCGAAAGCGUGGCGGCGGAAAGCAGCUGCGGCCCGGUGAGCGCUACGUGCCUCCCCCGCAGAAGCGCAACACCGGCGUCAGCUUCAACCAGGAGCACUUCGCGGAAACCUCCUACUAUUUUGAAGGCGGUCUGCGAAAAGUGCACCCCUAUUAUUUUGACUUUAAGUCUUACUGUAAGGGGCGCUGGAUUGGUAAAACUCUUCUGGACGUUUUUAAGAAGGAAUUUCGGGCGGAAUCUUUGGAUUACUACAAUGCUGCUGUCAAAGAGGGGCGAAUUAAACUGAAUGAAACCCCUGUGGAUGACCUGAAUGUGGUAUUGAAGAACAAUGACUUGUUGAGGAACACUGUUCAUCGUCAUGAGCCACCGGUGUGCGGCCAGCCCUUAAAGCUUCUGGUGGAUGAUGGUGAAGUGGUGGUGGUGGAUAAACCCUCCUCACUGCCUGUCCAUCCCUGCGGUCGCUACCGACACAACACUGUCAUCUUCAUUCUGGGAAAGGAGAAAGGCCUUGUUGGCCUGCACACUGUUCAUCGUCUGGACCGCCUCACCUCAGGUGUGCUGCUUUUUGCACGAACACUCGAGGUCUCCAAAAAACUGGAUGUGAUGGUUCGAGAGAGACAGUUAGAGAAAGAGUAUGUGUGUCGUGUGGAGGGAGAGUUUCCAGAGGCAGAGGUUGUUUGUGAGGAGCCCAUCCUGGUGGUGUCUUUUCGCGUAGGUCUCUGUAGGGUUGAUCCCAAAGGCAAAGAGUCCCGCACCAUCUUCCAGAGACUGAGCUUUAACGGACGCUCCAGUGUGGUCCGCUGUCGGCCACUCACAGGACGCACGCACCAGAUUCGGGUUCACCUUCAGUUCCUGGGCUUCCCAAUUCUCAACGAUCCCAUUUACGGAUCUUCCGCGUGGGGUCCGAACAGAGCGAAAGGAGGGCUGGUGGGUAUGAGCGACGAGGAGCUCCUAGAGGCUCUCAUCGAAGAACAUAGGUCAAAGGAGAGCCUGCACUUGCUGGAUUUGCCUGAUGAAGAGGUUUCAGGAAAGACAAAGUGUAAGGAUGGCGCUCAAGGACGCAACGAGCAAAUAACGGCGAUCGAGUCAAGCAGUGGCUCCAGUGAAGUGUCACUGGAUGAAGUGAAGGCAGAAAGUAGGCAAGUUGUUCAGCAGAGCACAUCUGAGUCUGUGGGAGAGAUAAACGGGGCACGCAAAGAUAAGGAUUUGGCCUCCGAUGAUGCCAGCAGAACUGGGAGAUCAAAGGAUUUUGUUAGAGAUCAUUUAUGUGGAGAGUGUAAAAUCGUAAGGCCUGACCCGACAGAGAAAGAGUUGAUUAUGUAUCUGCAUGCGCUGCGCUAUAAGGGACCUGAUUUUGAAUACUCUACUCAACUGCCCGACUGGGCUAAAGAAGACUGGAUUCAGGAUUAAGCUAAAGUCAGAUGUGUUUAUGCAGUUUUGUUGGCGGACUCUACCACACAAUGAUUAUUCAGUUAUUAAAUAUGUUCGAAUUGGGAUUGACUUAAAAGUUGGCUAUUUUUGGUCAGUCAUGUGGCGCGUUGCUGUCUUUCAUUUCUUUCAGUUACUUGUACUUGGAAAGGACAUCUGACAUGAACAUACAGCAAUAAAGCAGACUUUAUUAUACAAAAA